GAGAGAGAGAAGGAGAGGCGGUCUUUGGAAGUAGACGUGUUGGUGUUGGUGUUUAGGCUAACUUUCUUUGUGGAGAGGGACUACACAGGCACUAUGUCGCUCCCUCUGCUGCUGCUGCUGCUGGUGGUGGUCUGCAGCGCCCAGGCUUCUCAUUAUCGUGGAAUAGUGAUGACUUACUACCCAAAAAACACUAACGCAGAUGGAUCUAUGACGGUGGACCUUCACUAUAAGUUGAACUUCCACGCUUGCGCAGACAUUACCUCAUGGACCUGCUUCAGCGGUAAUUGUGGAAAUGUGAGUUCUGCAGUGUUAAACAAGGUCGAUGAGGAGAUCGGCACAUUGGUGUGGUGUCAGACAGAGGGAAUCAUGACUCGCCAAGUUUCCAUCAACACUCCUUUUCAGUUGUGGUCAGAUGGUGGUGCCUGGAUAGAUUACAUCAAAAAUGGCAUCAUAGCAUGGAGAGCUUUGACUCUGGUGGAGCUGAGGAACCGGUCAGACACCAACCAGGCCAACAGAUCACCCCAGACCACCAUACUGCCUGUUUUGAGAGUUCCUUCAAACUGUCAGAGAGAUUUCAACCUGUUGGUGUUUGACCCUGAUGGAGAUGAAGUUAAAUGCAGAUAUGGAAACACAACACUGUCAGAGUGUUACGACUGCACACCGCCAUCUGUUCUCAACCUCUCAACAUCCUGUACUUUGUCAUUCAGCCCCACCAAUAGCAGUAAUGAAGGUCUGUACGCUGUACAGCUGGUGAUGGAGGACUUUCCCACUCAGAAUAUUACACUGACUCAAACUGAUAGGAUGCAGACGAAUAUAACUUCCAGCAACGCUAUAAGCAAAAUACCUGUCCAGUUUGUUUUAAGUGUGGACGCUGCGGUGCCGUCCUGCACAGAGGAACUCUAUCUGCCCAAGUUUCUACCUCCAACCCCAGACAACAGAGCUCUGCUGUGCGCCCCUGUUGAUCAGACCCUGGAAAUCAUUAUCAAUGCAACAGCAAAUAUCUCCAUGAUUUCUGAGCUGCUGUUCAGCGGGCCGUACAAUAUAAACAAGACUACAUUGGGAGCUGGACAGUACAUCCUGAGUUGGAUGCCGUCUGAAAUACAAACUGGAGAAAGCCACCCCAUCUGUUUUGUUGUCCAGGCUGUUUUCAAUUCAGUCACGUAUCAAUCGCAGCUACGAUGUGUGAUUGUGAAUGUUGUACACAACUCAUACCCGAUCCCAAUUUUCUUAGGUGUAAAGAUGAAGGUUUCCGCUCUGUCUUCACUGUCUGAGGACUACAUCAUUAAUAACAUCAUAGAGCUGAUUAGAGAUCAACAGGUGAUGCCAUCAGACAUCCCUCUACGCCUCAAAAGUAUUGUGAAAUCUACAACCACAGCGACCCCUGCUGUUUCAACUUGAACAUUUAUUGCAAAGUUUGUGUUUAGAGUUAAACAAUAAAUAUUUUGAAAUGUU